GAUUAUUUACAAAACCACCCUUGUUUUCUGAUCUAUUCUUCAAAACACUCCCAUAUCUUUUGGUUUUUCCUAGAUGGCACAUGGGUAUAUCUAACUGUAGUUCCACAGUUCUAUACUUCAAUGGACCAAAUUAUGGUCACAACCAGACCUCAUCUCCUAUCAUCUUCCCUCCUUCCUCUCACAAUUCAAAAUCUCCAACAACCAUUUCUUCCCUCCAAAUCCAAAUCCAAACUCAACCAAACCCCAAACCCAAACUCAGACCCAUCUAAACACCAACCAAGCAUUACUUAUUCUUUCACUCCCAGCCUUGAACAAACCCAGCAAAUCCAUGCCCACAUGAUCAAAACCCAAUUUGACCACACCCUUCAAAUCCCACUCAAUUCCCUCCAAACCCACAUAAGCCCUUCAGCUCAACACAACUUCCUAAUAACAUCUUACAUUAAAAACAACCACCCCAAAAUUGCACUCAAAUUAUACACCCAAAUGAGAAGAAUGGGCACCCAAGUUGACAACUUUACUAUCCCAUCAGUCCUCAAGGCUUGUGGUCAAGCUUCUAUGGAACUGUUAGGAAGAGAGACCCAUGGUUUUGCAUUGAAAAGCGGAUUAGAUAGCGAUGUUUUCGUGUGUAAUGCAUUGAUCCAAAUGUAUAGUGAAUGUGGGAGCUUGGUGUUGGCACGCUUAGUAUUUGAUGAAAUGAUUGAAAGAGAUGUGGUUUCUUGGAGUACCAUGAUUAAUAGCUAUGUGAGGAACAGAGUGUUUGGUGAGGCAUUGGAACUUAUAAGGGAGAUGCAUUGCUUGCAAGUGAAGCCUAGUGAGGUUGCUAUGAUGAGCAUGGUUAGUCUAUUUGCUGACAUUGCUGAUGCGAAAAUGGGGAAAGCAAUGCAUGCUUAUGUUGUGAGGAAUAGCAGUAAUGAGAGAAUGGUGGUUCCUGUUACUACUGCUUUCGUAGAUAUGUAUGUCAAGUGUGGGAAAUUGGCUUAUGGAAGGAGGCUGUUUGAUGGGUUGGCUCAGAAAAGUGUUGUUUCCUGGACCGCGAUGAUCGCGGGGUGCAUUCGUUGCAAUGAGGUAGAAGAGGGGGUGAAACUUUUUAAGAGAAUGCUGGAGGAGAGGAAGUUUCCUAAUGAGAUUACAAUGUUGAGUUUGGUUAUCGAGUCGGGGUCUGUUGGAGCUCUGGAAUUGGGGAAGUGGCUGCAUGCCUAUGUUUUGAGAAAUGGGUUUAUCAUGUCUUUGGCUUUGGCCACUGCUUUGGUUGAUAUGUAUGGGAAGUGUGGUGAAGCCGAAUAUGCAAGGGCUGUGUUUGACAUCAUGGAGAAGAAAGAUGUCAUGAUUUGGAGUGCUAUGAUCUCGGCUUAUGCACGCUCCAAUUGUACUAAUCAGGCUUCGGAGCUCUUUUCCCGGAUGAAGGAUAGUGGAAUAGGGCCAAAUCAAGUUACAAUGGUUAGCCUCAUUUCACUAUGUGCAGAAGUAGGAGCCCUUGAUCUGGGAAAAUGGGUUCAUUCUUACAUAAACCAGCAACGGAUAGAAGUUGAUGUGAUACUAAGAACAGCUCUAGUGGACAUGUAUGCAAAAUGUGGGGAGAUAGAUGCGGCUCUCAGGCUGUUUAGUGAAGCCAGAUAUCGAGACAGUCGAAUGUGGAAUGCUAUGAUCACUGGAUUUUCCAUGCAUGGUUGUGGGAAACAAGCUUUAGAGCUCUUUGAAGAAAUGCAGAGACAAGGUGUUGAGCCUAACGACAUCACAUUUAUAGGGCUACUUCAUGCUUGCAGCCAUGCUGGGUUGGUGGCAGAUGGAAAGAAGGUUUUUGAGAAAAUGGUACUUGACUUUGGCUUAGCCCCAAAGGUUGAGCACUAUGGAUGCAUGGUGGAUUUGCUAGGCCGAGCAGGGAAGCUCGAUGAGGCUCAAGAGUUGAUCAAAACCAUGCCCGUGGAGCCUAACGCAAUUGUUUGGGGCUCCCUGCUUGCUGCCUGCAAAAUUCAUAAGAGGCCCAACUUGGCUGAAGUGGCAGCAAGACAACUGCUUGAGUUGGAACCUCAAAAUUGCGGUUACAACGUUCUGAUGUCAAACAUCUAUGCAGCAUCAAACAGAUGGAUUGAUGUUGCUGGGGUUAGAAAAGCUAUGAAGGAUAAAGGAACCAAGAAAGAACCAGGUCUCAGCUCAAUUGAAGUAAAUGGUGCAGUUCAUGACUUCAUGAUGGGUGAUAAAACACACCCGCAAACAAGAAAAAUUUAUGAAAUGCUGGCUGAGAUGAUCAAGAAGCUAAAAGAGGCUGGAUACACUCCUAAUACAUCUGUGGUUUUGCAGAACAUAGAUGAGGAAGAGAAAGAAACUGCGGUAAACUAUCAUAGUGAGAAACUGGCCAUGGCAUUUGGUCUAAUCAGUACUGCUGCAGGUACCCCAAUUCGGAUUGUAAAAAAUCUCCGAGUUUGUGAUGACUGUCACACAGCAACAAAGCUGUUAUCAAAGAUUUAUGGCAGAGUAAUGAUAGUAAGGGACCGUAAUCGCUUUCACCACUUCAUAGAAGGAUCUUGUUCUUGUGGUGACUAUUGGUAGCAAUCCACUAACCAUCUGUAAAAUGUAACAUAAAUUAAGGCAUUUGAGAUAGUUUGUUUCCAAUGGAUUGCUUCAGAAUCGGAGUUGCAUCCUGUGUUAAUUACUAGCUAGUCUGCU